UCAGGCACCACAUGGUCAGCUUCACCAGACAGAAACAUCUGGGGUCCUUUCACUUCACGUGUGCGUCUUGCUGCUCCUCCAUCGUGACAGAAACAACCAUGCCGAAGUCAAAGAGGGACAAGAAGAUUUCCUUAACGAAAACAGACAAGAAAGGACUGCAGUCAAAACAGAAGUUAAUCGAGGAGUUACGGAAAUGUGUGGACACCUACAGAAACUUGUUCAUAUUCUCUGUGGCCAAUAUGAGGAAUACCAAACUGAAAGACAUCAGGACAGCAUGGAAACACAGCAGAUUCUUCUUCGGCAAAAAUAAAGUCAUGGUGGUUGCCUUGGGUAAAGGACAAACAGACGAAUACAAAGAUAAUUUGCACAAGGUCAGCAAAUAUCUACGAGGAGAAGUGGGAGUACUAUUCACUAACAAAACAAAGGAUGAGGUACAAGAGUAUUUCAAUCAUUUCAAAGAGAUGGAUUAUGCUCGGUCAGGCAACCGUGCACAGAUGGACACAACUCUGGAUGAGGGACCCCUUGAACAGUUUCCUCACUCAAUGGAGCCCCAGUUGAGGCAAUUAGGACUUCCAACUGCUCUCAAGAAAGGGGUGGUGACACUGCUGAAGGACCAUGAAGUCUGUAAAGAGGGAGACGUGCUUACUCCUGAGCAGGCUCGUAUUCUGAAACUCUUUGGCAUCGAGAUGGCCGAAUUCAAGGUGCAGAUCAAAUGUAUGUGGAACUCAGAAACAGGCGAGUUUGAGAACGUUGCUGGAGAGGAAGAGCCUAUGCAGGAUGUUGAAGAGGAAGACGACGGAGAUGCAGAAUGAAACAUCUGCAAGGGCAGAAGCUUGUACACAUCUGUUUUUUUUUAAGUCAUUUUUUUGCCGGCCUUCAACAGUAGAGGGACAUUGAAACCAUUCACCAUGAUUGCCAGUGCUGCCCCUGGAGUCUAUAAUCUCUCUCUCUUCUGUCCUUUUUUCACCCCAAAACAUGAACUUCUGUCCUUCACCUUGAAGCCUUCACCUUUAGCUUUGGACUGAUUUGUUGUUCAGUAAACACUGGUGACUGGAGUCAAUAGACUUAAUGAUGUCUUACAUAUAAUGAUGUUGAUGCAAGUUGUUUUGGUCAACAUAAUGAGAAAAGUAUCGCAUGAAAUUAUUUUGCCAUUCAGCCAAAACAAAAAGGCACAUGUCUUUUCAUGUGUUAAACCAACCCGUUUUAUGUAAAGAAAAAACAUUUUGUUGAAGUGAGAAAAUUGGUUCUUUUUAAUGUAACAGUUCGAUUAAGGCAGACUCCAGAAAAGGCUAUUUUUCCCUGAAAAAAUAUCUUCAUUUUUUACAUUUGUACAUUAACAAUGUAGUGCUCUUCUCAUGAA